CGUGUUGUUUUAUACAUUUAUCAAGUUCAUCGAAAUUUUUGUAGUCGUUUAAAUUUGUGGUUUAAUCGUUUUUAUAUUAAAAUUGAAAGUUUCAUGAUGGCCGGCAACGAUGAAAAAAAAAAGCAUAUGUAACAUCAGAGCAGAAAAAUAUGUUACUUGAAUAUAUUACCAGGCACCCAAAACUAUUAGCGGCAAAAUUUUCUCCAGAUUUCACCCAGAAAGAUGCCCAGGGAUUAUGGCAGGAAAUAUCCAAUAUCCUCAAUAGUUGUGUAGGUGCUAGAAAGGACUGGAAGUCAUGGAGAAAGACCUGGCAAGAUAUUAGAUGUCGUACAAAAUCUAAGACCAGUGAGUUGAGGAGACUGCGUACGGCAACUGGAGGUGGACCUCACACAAAUACUCAAAUUUCCACAUAUGAGGAUAAAGUAUUAGAAACUAUUUCUGUGGUAGCUAUUGAAGGUCAUACAAAUGUGAAAGAGUCUGAUACCGAAUUUGAACAUCAGGAUACAAAUUGUGUUGAUAAUGUUAUCAUUACAUAUCUUGAAACUCCAACAUGCUCAAAUAUUGAAAUUGCUGAAACUUCUGCAAAAAAGCCCGCAGAAAAUGAAAAGGUCAUAAAAAACUCUUUUCCUAGGGCACCAAGGAAAAAGUUAAUUUAUGCUUCUCAAGCGACUCGCCAUUAUAAAGAGUCACUUGACAAUAAAAAUAAUUUAAAAUCCAAGUAUUAUGAUAAAAAAAUUAUUGUAUCAGAGCGCAUUGCAUGUGCAUUAGAAAGAAUUGCAGAUGCUAAAGAAGCAUCUGUAAAAGUUGAACAAAAUAUUGCACUUUCUAAACAAAAAAGUGUAGAAGCAAAAGAUCUUAUGCAAAUUAUGAAAUUAGGAUACACUAUAGUUAUCGGAAGCAUUGUUAUAAUGAUAUGGAUUUCCCUGAGCGAGGCAAGAGAAUUGGAACUAGUUAAUUACCCACCAUGCUUUUUCAAUCCUUUAUGUAGUUGUUCGAAAUCAGUGCCUGAUCUAGGCAUUGUAAAAUGUCAAGACGUCCAUUUACCACGAAUACCAGAAACUGUAAAUACAUCAAAAGUGUUUAUGCUUCAUUUAGAAAAUAAUGAAAUGAGAACAUUGGAACCUUAUUUUCUCCAAAGCACUGGUCUUUAUAAAAUUGUAUUAAGUGGAAAUCCAUUAUCUGUAAUUUCGGACGAGGCGUUCAUAGGUUUAGAAAGGUCGUUAUGGGAAUUAGAAAUAAGCCACUGUGAUCUCACUAUUGUUCCUAAUAGAGCCAUAAGAUAUUUACAAAAAUUAAGACGAUUGGAUCUUAGCGGUAAUGAUAUUAACCGAAUAUCACCUGAAGACUGGAGAGGAAUCGAACGUUCCUUGGAAGUCCUUAUUUUAGCAGAAAACGAAAUAAAUCACGUACCAACUGACUCAUUCUCAGGGCUACCAAAUUUAGAAACCAUAGAUUUAAGCGGAAACAACUUAAGAAAUAUAGAUCCAUCCGUUUUUAGAGAUGGCAUGGGAAGACUGGCACAUCUUAUUUUCGCUGAUAACCAACUAAGUUCUAUUCCGUAUCAAGCUCUACAACCUUUGAGACUAUUAAAAACUCUAGAUCUUAGUUAUAAUCGGAUUAAUAAAAUGGAACCCUCAUCUGAACCAGGGGUCAACAUUAACCUUAAUUAUCAAUUAAGUUUGGAUACUUUUAAAUUGGACUUUAAUCAGAUAACUAUUUUGGAACCGAUGUCUUUUCAAUAUUUUAAUGUUUUGAAUAAAACCUAUUUAGAUGGAAAUCCAAUUAUUACAUUAGAAGAAAACGCUUUUAGGCAGGCCAAAAUAAAAGAACUCUAUUUAAGAGGAUGUGGUUUAUCAGAAGUAAAUCCUAGAGCAUUUGAAGGAUUAGAAAGUUUCUUAGAAAUUUUAGAUCUUUCUGGAAAUAAUAUAUCACUAUUACCGGAAGCUGUUUUUAAUAGGUUUCAAAUAUUACGAACAAUAUUACUAAGUGAUAAUGUUUUGCAUAAGAUAAAUCCUCUUGAAGAUUUUAACGGAUUUCAGUUUACUUUGUAUAAUAUGGACCUCAGUGGAAAUGAGAAAUUACAGAUAUCACUUCAAGAUUUAAGGAGGUUAAGAAAUUUAAGAACACUCACGAUAUCGAGGCUGAACCAGCCAACACUAUCCCCAGAUAAUUUUGUUGAGUAUGGAGUUGAUUUGGAAGAAUUAAAUAUUAAUUUUGGCAAUUUGCAAACAAUAAAAAGUAAUGCUUUUCAGCAUGUCCAUGGAUUGAAAUAUCUUGAUUUAUCUGAGAAUUCUAUAGGAACCAUUGAAAAUAAUGCGUUUGUAGAUGGCGAUAUCCAUAAAGAUUUAGAAGAAAUAUAUCUAUCUUUUAACUAUAUAAAAACGAUUGGACAACACACUUUCGUUUAUUUACCGAAGCUAGAACAACUUCAUUUGGAUGAUAACAGAAUAGAAUCUCUAGAUAGACGUGCUUUUAUGAAUUUGGAAAAUAUUAAAAGACUCAAUUUAAAAGGAAACAAAAUAAGUUCAGUAUCAUAUGAAGCUUUCCAGAAUUUACCAGAAUUAGAAGAUCUAGAUAUGUCGUACAAUCAGUUGAAGUCUUUUGAUUUUACUGUAUUCGAUCAGGUUGGAACUCUUUCGAUAUUCAAAGUAAAUAUGAGUCAUAAUACCCUUCGAGAUCUGUUUGUUAAUAUACCAGCAAAUUUUGAAGCAAAUGCAGGUAUUGGAAGCAUUCAUUCGAAUAUUAAAAUAUUAGAUUUGUCUUUCAAUAAUAUCUCGUCAAUAUCCAAACAAUUCUUCAGACCCGUCGAGUUAUCAAUGACGCAUCUUUAUCUGUCUCAUAAUAAUAUUUUGAACGCCAGUAGAGAUGUUUUUGGCAGCUUAAGGCAUUUACAAUGGCUCGAUAUUUCCCACAAUGGGAUGUACGAAAUGGAUUUUGACAUGUUUAGAAACACCAAAAAGUUACAGGUGUUAAUAGCAUCGCACAACAGAAUCGCAGAUGUUUCAAACGAUUUAUUUAGAUUUUUAAGCAACCUUCGAAUCGUUGACUUAUCUCACAAUAGAUUAAGAGCGCUACCAGACAACCUGUUUAGGGAAGAAGGUUUGGAAAGAUUAGAUUUAUCGCAUAACAUGCUCAGCAAACUGCCUUUAACUAGCAUGUCCGUUGCCACUGCUAUGACCGUGUGCGAACUUGAUUUAUCAUGGAAUAGCAUAUCAUCUGUUGCACAUGGAGGACUCUUGACAAGAUUUCGAAAACUAAACUUUUUGGAUUUAUCGUAUAAUAGGUUAGCUCAAAUUGAUUCUGGCACAUUUAAAGGUUUACCAAGACUAUCGUAUUUAGAUUUAAGUCAUAACAGCCAGUUGGCUCUGGAACCAAAUGGACUAAGCUUUCAAGGACUGGAAUACACUUUGCUUCAUCUGAAACUUGACAAUGUUUCCCUUUCAUUGUUACCAACAUUGCCCACUCCAAACCUAAUUUCUUUAUCGCUUUCCCACAACUCACUACCAACUAUGCCUCCCGAGAUGGCUACCAACUUAACAAAGCUUCAGAGAUUAAAUUUAGACAGUAACGAUUUAACUGCCAUUCCAAUUGUAACUCAUCAACUAACGGAACUAAGAUAUUUUUCAAUAGCAGACAAUCCAAUAACAUUUUUGAGUAAUACAAGUUUACUUGGGGUAGCAGAUCGUCUUGUCGAAUUGGACAUAAGGAACUUUGAUCUAAAUACCCUAGAGGUAGAGUCUUCUACUGAUGAUAAUUUAAAUAAAGAAAUGUCUGGAGAAUUACCUUUCAAGCUAAGAAAUAUAACAUUUACCGGAAAAGGAUUAAAAAGGUUAGGAGGAGAUGUUUUAAAUGGAGUGAGAAGUCCUGUUUUCCAUUUAGGCGUUCACAAUACAAGCAUCAUGAAACUGGUAUCAAAUCUUUUUGAAGAUCUUGCUCACGUUAAAAAUAUAAGUGUUGAUGUAAGAAAUAAUGAUGCAUUACAAAAUUUGCUCAACCCUUCUAGAGGAUACAAGCCUAAUUUAUAUCGAAAACCGUUUUUAAUUGAAUUAAAAAUUACAGGGAAUAAAUGGACAUGUGAUUGCGAUCUAGGGUGGAUUGAAGUGUGGUUAAGAAAACGCCGUCAGUAUUUAUGUGAUGAGGACAGCCCAAGUUUCACUGCUACCUAUAGGGACUAUACUUGCCGUCACACUGAAGACGACUUAAGAACAGCAUAUUGUAGUAACAAAAACAAUCAUACAGUAAUUGAUGUACUAAAAACAGAAAUCGAAUGUGGCUGGAGUGAUUCUCCACGUUUAACUGGAUAUUCUUUGCCUGCUAUCAUAUUGACAGUGGUUACUGUACUAUUUAUGUAAAAUUUUGACAUACAAAAGAGAUAAUAUUUAAUCCUAUAAAAUUUCAUACAAACAACUAUUUUUUUUUUUAGCUGGUUAUUACACAGAAUAUCUCUAAUAAUCUUUCGGGAUAGAGCGAUCAAUGAUCUAAUGUAAUAAGUAGUGCACUACAUUAGGUAGUGCAAAUAAAAAUAAGUAUUUGCUUUUACUUAAAAAUUGGUAACAAAUCGUGCUUACUUUCCAUUAAAUGAAAUUUUUAGCUAGAAUUGGGGAAUAUGAAAUAUUUGAUAAAGCCUCUGAGAACUUUAAUUAGGGCAAAGAAAAUUUAUUUUUCAAAAUAUAAACACGAUUUGUUACUCAUUCUUAAGUAAAAACAUUACAUUUUAAUCACAUGAGUAGCGUGCGGUUUUUUAAUAACAUAUAAAUAAAUUAUUGAAAUUAUUUUUUUUUUACUACCUAACUUUUUUGUUCUACCAAUAUUUUUCUUUGAUAUUA